UCCUGCAAGUACAGAAUUUCGAACAGGGGAUUGUGGAGAAGCGCGCGAAAAAAGGCGGAAAAAGGUAAGAAAUUUGAAAGUGGCCCCUCUUUAGUGCGGAAACCAUCGGGUAUGCGGUUUCGGAACGAUCCCGUCGAGAGUUUUCAACAGUUUUUCCAGUUUUCCAAAGUGCCCUGUGAGUUAUUCCACAUCGGUCCAAGUCAAUCGACCAUAAGGCAAUCGAUACCUGCCGUAUUCGUCUUUCUUGGUAGGUUUCCUUGCCUGGAGAUGCUGCUAGAUAUAAGCGUAAGAUACAAGUUAACAGUACACCACCAUGUCCUUGUAUCUCUGCUGCGAUUGCGGCGGCUCCAAGACUUCCGCAGUGAUAUGUGAUCCUUCUGGAAAGAUUGUCGGGCGCGCAGUCGGAGGUCCAUCAAAUUUUGCCUAUCAUUCUCUGGAGGCAGUCAUUGCUGCUAUUCGUGCAGCCGUAACCGACGCAUUGAAGGAAUGCCCCUCCGAAGAACCAUUCUCCUUAUUGCCAUCACCUAGUCCCUUCGCAGCAGCAUGGUUUGGAAUAUCGGGAAUAGACUCGCCAGUCGCCAUCGAUGCCAUCUCUCCUGCACUUUCAACGCUGCUCGGUAUCCCGCAAGGCCCAAGGCUCAUGGUGGCCAAUGACACCCAUCUCCUUGCAGCUCCUGUCCGAAUGCAUCCCGAUGUAUCGUACGCCGUUACGGUUAUCGCUGGGACUGGGUCGAAUGUGGUGUCAUUCCGAGAGUCAUCUGGGAGUCAACUAGAAGAGCUGGGUAGGAUCGGUGGAUGGGGAUGGAUUCUAGGUGAUGAAGGCGGCGGAUUUCACGUUGGAAAGGAGUCAGUGCGCCGACUCUUGAUUGAACACGACAGUGCGUCUGUUCUGAGCACGCCCGCCAGGGAAAGCAGCCUCAAACAGCGAGUUCUGGAGGCAUUCGGCGUUAAGGACGUUCUAGAUCUCUUGACAGAGAUUCAUGUACCUCCACCCAGUGCACCACUGGCAAACACUGCGGCUCAUCGUCUCAUGCCUCGAGAGAAGCGACUGUCGUCCCUUGCGCCCCUCGUAUUCAAGUCCGCAUUCGAGGAUCAUGACGCCCUUGCCAUUGAUGUUCUUCAGACCUGUUCAGGCAUUCUUGCAUCCCAGAUUGCCGUCCUACUAGGCGAGAGAAGCGACGGUGCACCGCGCCUUGUCAGAGCACAGGAUGCCGUCAUCUGCUUUGGAGGGUCGCUUGUCGGUGUGGAGGCAUACAGGAACAUGGUCUUAAACCAUCUUUCCGCGAACGGUCAUACAUUUGCUCAUGUGGAGUUCGUCGACGAUGCCGCUGCUACUGGUGCUAUUGGUUUAGUCAAGACCUAAUAUUUUAUUUAUGUAAUUAUUUGGCCCAAUAUACAUGUUGACCGCCGAC